UAACUUUCUAGCCACUUCUCACACUCUGUGAGACAGGCUGCAGAAUGUUUUGCUCCAGCUCAUCCCAGCCUGGCGUGGGACAGGGAAGAGAAAUGGCUGCAGUGGAGUCAGUCCAGGGGCUGGUGACCUUCAAGGAGAUGGCUAUGUAUUUCACCAGGGAAGAGUGGACUCUGCUGGACCCCACUCAGAGAGCCCUCUACUGGGAUGUCAUGCAGGAGAACUAUGAGACUGUGACCUCGCUGGGCCAGAGAAUAACAUCCAUGUUUCGCUGCAGAUCAUCUCGUCCUCCCAGGGGCAAGGAAAUGGCUGCAAUGGAGCUGGCUCAGCAGGUGAUGCAAUGACGUGUGAGGUUCAGCACAGACCAGAAAAAGAGCAGGGAAACCAGCCAGGGGAGAAAAUGGAUAAAUUUAUUUCCUGUCAGGGAACUCAGAAGGGCCUUAAGGAAACCAGAAUACAGCAGGAAAUCUGCAGGUAAAAGCCAAAAAAAUACAUGUGCUGAGUGUGGGAAAAACUUCACUUACAGAUCAGGCCUUUCUCAACAUCAGAGAAUCCACACAGGGGAGAGGCCCUGUGAAUGCAAUGAGUGCGGGAAAACUUUCAGUCGCAGCUCGCACCUUAUUGGGCAUCAGAGAAUC